AGCCCAGAUAGCGACGCGUUCGGUUCAGAUCUUCCCGCGGGUCUUCCAGUCGAAUUAACGAACUUUUUUUUUAUUCAGUUGUCUCACCUAAUCGGUUGGGUUUAGUUGGGGAAAUUAUCGGUGCAAUGUUGUCCAGAGAAACCAGAAGAGAGUGAUCUUUGCGCGCGCGAGUCUUUGGCAGCUGAAUUGUGUCGAGUUGUGUCAAAAUUGAGCGUUGAUAAGUACGGCGACGCUGCGCGAUUAUCGCGCGAUACAGCGCAAGAAGAAUAAAGAAGGUGUGCUGCAAUUACCUGCCUACUUUGACGUCGUCUAGUUAAACUGUGAAAUGCCGUGGCAUCCUAGCACCGUUGUGAGCCCAUAAUUGGCGGAUCGAAUUUGAGUGUGAUACAUAAUCAAAUAUCUUUAUUUGGGGGUUUCGCGAACCAUCGUCAUCCGUCGACGACCCGCUUCCGGCCAUUUCGGAUUAACAACAACGGUGCGGACGAUGACUUUUAGGAUCUACCUUGAGAGAUAAUCGGCAGGAAAUAUUAUUUGGAUGAAGGAAAGAAGAAAGAAGCAGCAACAACGAAAAGAAAAAUAAAAAUUUUCUCAACCUUCAUGAAACGAAGCCUUGAUUAGGCACAUUGUGUGCUAGUGUGAGUGGUUUUAUUUCGAUAAAAAAAAAAGAAAAGGAAGAAGAUAGCCCCUCCGUCAGGUGAAUGAAUGUAUGUGAAUAAGAUAAAUUAAGGUCCAUUACGUGACGGUGAGAAGAGAUUCGAGAACCAAUCGAAGAGGGCGCUGCGUGGCGUGUGAGUGAGUGUGCGUGAAUUAAAGCCAAGUGGCCACUCUUAAUUAACGGAUUAAUAUUCUAAGCUGAGAACCAAUCCAGCCGGUCGUCCAAAAAAAAAUUAAAGAAAAGAAGGUCCGCAACCAUGAACUGACCGUCACACCUCGUCCAAUCGAAAUGAGCGUCGCCAAACCCGAGGGCUUUGCCACGAUCCGGACCCGCGGCCUAUCGCGCAGCACCAGCCGGUCCGAACAGUUGGCCGGCAAUGUCGUCGUAGUGCCGAAUCGCCGCCAAUCGGCGUCGGCUUCGAUGAAAUCCGCCGACUCCGGACCGCUGUACGAGAACGCGUACAAGAGUUCGUCCGCGGCGUUGAUCUGCGUUCCGCCGCCGGUUCCACCGCGGACCAGCUCGGAACUGUCGUCCUCCAAGCAAGAGCAGAAGGAGAAUAGGCAUGAAGAUGACGAUGUGUUUUGUACGGCUGGGUUGACGUACGAGACGUUCAAGCCGGUGAAGAGUCCCUCGAUCAAGGAGGACAUGGACGACUACGUGAGUCUGGUGCAAUCGUCGGAAUGCAUUGACCGCUUGAACUACGACUUUGAACUGCCCCCGCUGAAGAGUCCGCAGUACAUCACCGAGCUCAAGUUCAUCCAGUCGAAGGCCAUGGAUAACGGGAGUCUGUUUUCGCGGCCGGAGAGUCCUCCGUACGGCAAGAUCCGAACCAGCUAUCGAUCGUCAACUCCGGAGAGUGUCGACAACUGCUCGUCCGGCUCGUCCACGUACUCCAACUCGCUGGCCAGUGGGAAAACGAGCAGCUUGAGCGGGUUCAUACUUUCAGAGGAACCCGUCAAGACGGGCAAGUCGGCGACCUUGCAGUACCGCAAAUCCUACUCCAACUCUCGGUCGGAGAUCAUCUACGAAGAACCAAAGAAGCUGCUGCUGCUCGGUUCCGCUGGCCAGUCGAGCGACACCGACUCCGGGUACGACGGCAGUCAGAGCAAUAGCUACCUUAAAGCGCACAAGAGUGCCGAACUGCUGAACGGCCCCCAGCCGGCGUCAAUCGCCGAUCCGACGGUCGGUCGACCAAAGCUUACGCGAGGAUACUCCACGUUGGGACAUCCGCGGGAUGUUCGCAUUGCUGGAAACGGUUAUCCCGUGGCCCCGGCCCGGACGUCGUCCGCGGCGGGCGAAAGCAAGUCGACCUCCUCGUUGAACGAGGUCGCCGCCUCCGCCGCCGUCGGAAAGCAACCUGAGCAACUGCUGGACCACAAGGUCGGCAGCCUGACAACUCUCCGGAGUAAGCCGAUUAUUCCGUGGUACGAGUUGGCCAUCCGGAAGGAUCACCGCCAGAGCUGCCCACCGCUGCAGGCCCACGUCGUAGCCGCUUUCGAGCAAAGUUUGGUCAACGUGUCGCAAAAGCUGCAGAAAUUGAACGUUUCCAACGAUGCAAAGGACAACGAAUUGCAAGAGAUGAGACAAACCAUCGAGCUUCUUCGCCAGCAAUCGGCUGGAAUAGCUGCCACUCAACUUUUAGCACUAAGUAGUAAUGGAAGUGGGAAUCCACCCCCGAAACCUCCCAAAGCCGGCGAAAUGAAGCGCCACCACAGCACGGAUUCGGUCAUCAGUCCGGCUACGUCAUCGAUGGUCAACCCCCAAACAGCACCGGCUCCGGCACCGCCGGUGGCCAAACCCAAAAAGAAAAGUGGCCUCCGUCACUCGCUAACGAGGGCCUUUUCGCGUUCCAGCAAAAGCUCCAAACAGAGCCGGCCCGUCAGCCAAAGCUCCAGUCCGGACGUGGAGAUGAAGCCGCUCACGAAGUCGACGUCUUCGCUGGCCGGGCCGGCGUAUCCCGGCAGCAGGGAGGACGUUUGCGUAUCGGCCCAGUCGUUCCACAAUUACAGGCCGGUUUCGCCGGCCAACAGCAACACGCCGGACUCGAUUAGUUCGAUUGGCGACCCCCCAACGCACCCCUUCGACCUGGACGGCCCGCCGCCGGUCGUCGAACAGCUGGUCAAACAGUUGCGCGCCAAAGACUCCGUCCUCACGGACAUCCGGCUGGAGGCCCUCACCACGGCGUCCCAGGUCGAGUGCCUCAAGGACACCGUCAUGAAAAUGCGCGCCGAGAUGAUGAACCUGAAGCAGAACAACGAACGACUGCAACAGAUCGUCACGCGGCGUUCGAUGACCGGCUCCGAUAUGUCGUUGGGAUCGACCAGUCCGACCAGUUCCGUCGGAGAGUUCCGGCGAUACAGUGCCGCUGCGGAUUAUCUGAGCGGACGGCAGCAGUUGGAUCUGCCGCUGGAUUUGGACGAGGGCGAGGAGGAGGACAGUAUUCCGCCGGCACCGGCGCCCGAGCCACUCCCCGAGCCGCUGAGUCCGGCCUUUAUCGCGGACAUGUCGCCGUCGAUCGAACGAUCGCCCUUUGCGGACGAGAUCAUCGCGAUCCAGUCCGAAUCGAUGGUCGACAGCAUCGAAGGCAAGAAGGUCGCAAUCGCCGUCUACCUCGGCCAACUUGACCACUUUGGGCGGUACUUGGACGAAAUGAACGAGCACGGCCACAAGGAGAACGGCAAGAUCAAGCAGAACGAGUUCACGAUCGCGUUCACGUACGUUUCGGCCAAGACGGGCUGGCAAGGCCUCGAUUACAUCGUCCGGCGAAGCUUUAAGGACUUCCUCGAGCGGGUGGACGCCGCCGGCAAUCUCGGCCUUUCCUCCGAAUCGAUCGCCAGCUAUCACCUGGGUGAGGCCAAACGUGCCUACAACGUGCCCAUGCCGGAACUGCUCCCGUACGGGUACAUCAUCGGCAACGUGGACACGCUGUACAUCUGCCUGCGCGGGGUCAGCAACGUCGCGCUGGACAACCUCAUCAUCAAGAACAUGGUGCUGCGCUACAAAUCGUCGUCGGCGGUCAUCACGAACCGACACGGUGGAUCGGCGGAUUCGAUCGCGAACUGAGAGCAGUUGCUUUAAUAUUUAUGCUAUUACUUAAAAAACGACGCAGAACGCGCAUCGCUGGCGAUUGCUGUUGAGAUUUUUUGUACAGAAGUGGAAAACGGUGGAAGUGUUUAACUUAUCUUAAAAUAUCGUGCUAUUUUUUUUUUGUUUUCUUGUCGAAGGUGUUUUGUAGCUAUUUGUAUUUAAAAUCGUACCGAAAUGAUGCCUUAUAAUUAUUUCAAAUAGAUUGCAGUGUUUAUACACGUAAUUCACGUUCUAGUUGAAAUCUGAUGACGACGACAAAGACGACGAUUUUUUGGUCGUUGCAAUAGCCAUGAAAGUUGGUACUCCGGUUUACGUUAGCAAUAGUAAUGAAAUAAAGACACCGU